AUAAUUAUUAUUCCCUUAAAUAAAUUAGAAUUGAAUCUUGUAAAAAGUUCAUAUAAAUAGCAUAUAACAAACAGAAGAAGGAUCUUAUAACACAUUUUAUCGCAGUUGAAGGUUUAGGUUAGGGUUCCUCGCCUCCUUCCAACAUCAAGAUGGAGUCACAGAUUAAACAUGCUGUUGUUGUGAAAGUUAUGGGACGAACCGGAUCAAGAGGGCAAGUUACUCAGGUUAGAGUGAAGUUUUUGGAUGAUCAGAAUCGUCACAUCAUGAGGAAUGUGAAGGGACCAGUUAGGGAGGGAGACAUUCUCACCCUUCUUGAAUCCGAGAGAGAAGCAAGAAGACUCAGAUAGAUGAAUCUUUUGUUGCAAGUUUUUAUGAAGCAUUGCUUGUUAUUUCCAUAAACUAAAGUUAUGCUUUGACUCUAUUUUCAGUGUUUUUCAUGCUUUAUUGACUCUAUUAAGAUGUAGUUUUUGAUUACUUUGAUAUGAUUAUGCAAAUGCUUAUGAUUUGUAAGUACUUGUUUGUUAAAUCCA